AUGCCUCCUCCAAAGACUUCAAAGAGUGAAUACAUCGAGACAGACACCGGCAACAAAAUCUCGCGCCGGUCCCAAAUCCACGGCACCCAGCACAUCAUUCUGGGUGGAAAGACAGUAAUCCAAGCCGAAGCUGUCAUCCGCGGCGAUCUAUUCCGGGGUGCAUCAACAGUCGACCCCAACAACCCCAGCACACCACCACCCUCAACACCAAGCGUGGCCAUCAACGUUGGCCGAUACAGCUAUAUUUCCAAAUCUGCUAUUCUCCGACCCCCGAGUCGUCUACACCGUGGCACACACUCUUUUUACCCGCUCAAGAUCGGCGACCAUGUCUUUGUAGGUGAGGGUGCUGUUAUCGAGGCUGCGCAGCUGGGGAAUCAUGUUCAUGUUGGGAAGGGUGCUGUUGUUGGUAGUAUGGCUAUUAUCAAGGACUAUGCUUAUGUGCUUGAUGGUGCGGUUGUGCCGCCUGGUAUGGUGGUGCCGAGUUGGUGUGUUGUUGGUGGGAAGCCUGCGAGGAUUGUGGGGGAGGUUGGGGAGGGGUAUGGUGUUGAAGGGGCUGAUGGUGGUUUGGCUAGAGAGAGAUAUCGCGUUGUUGGGAGGCCGUGA